GUUCCUUCAACAUUUCCCUUCCCUUUUGCUGUGUACUGGGAGAUUGUCCCUGGAAGACUGAAAACGCAGCGUUUGAUUCCCUAAUCGCCGUGAUUUUUCCUUCCUCCAAGGAAAUGCAAGUAAGGAAGUUGACUUAAGUGGUAGAAAUAGCACGAGGAAAAUGCAGAGGUUAUCUUCAAGAACAGCUGCUUUCUGCUACAAAACCCCUAUUUUUUCAUUUUCCUCCAAACCAAACACUCCCUUCCACCUGAUCUGCAUUGAAACAUAUGUUUCAGGUCCUCACAAUCUCGACCCCCAUCUCAAACCCACUCAUUCUCAAAUGGGUUAUUCCCAAAACACAGAUCAAGUCCAUCCAAAUCACAGACUCUCGAAUUUUGGUGAUAAAAACUGCACAUUCAGUGAACGAAGAGGAGGAUUUGGACUUGUACGCCUGGAAAGCAAUCGAGAAAACUGUACUUAUGAUCAGAAUUAUGAUGAAUUUUCAGCUGAUGUCGAAAAGGUCUAUAGAAUUCUAAGGAAAUUCCACUCUAGGGUUCCAAAACUGGAACUGGCUUUGCAAGAAUCCGGCGUCGCCGUGAGGUCGGGGUUAACCGAACGGGUUUUGAAUCGCUGUGGCGAUGCCGGAAAUUUAGGUUAUAGGUUCUUCGUGUGGGCAUCAAAGCAACCGGGCUAUAGACAUAGUUAUGAAGUGUACAAAGCAAUGAUCAAGAUUUUGGGGAAAAUGAGGCAAUUUGGCGCUGUUUGGGCAUUAAUUGAGGAAAUGAGGCGGGAAAAUCCCCAGUUUGUAUCGCCCUAUGUGUUUGUUGUGUUGAUGAGGAGAUUUGCGUCCGCAAGAAUGGUAAAAAAGGCAAUUGAAGUCUUGGAUGAGAUGCCAAAGUAUGGUUGUGAACCUGACGAGCAUGUUUUUGGGUGUUUGUUGGAUGCAUUAUGCAAGAAUGGGAGUGUUAAGGAAGCUGCUUCACUGUUUGAGGAUAUGAGAAUUCGUUUUACGCCAACACUUAAGCAUUUUACUUCAUUGCUGUACGGUUGGUGUAGGGAAGGGAAGCUUAUGGAGGCAAAAUAUGUAUUAGUACAGAUAAGGGAAGCGGGUUUUGAACCAGACAUUGUGGUUUAUAACAAUCUGCUCACUGGGUAUGCUGCAGCUGGGAAAAUGGUGGAUGCUUAUGAUCUUUUGAAAGAGAUGAGGAGGAAGGGAUGUGAACCAAAUGUGAUGUCAUUUACGACUUUGAUUCAGGCCCUCUGUGCAAAGGAAAAAAUGGAGGAGGCAAUGAGGGUUUUCUUUGAGAUGCAGAGUUGUGGCUGCCCAGCGGAUGCUGUGACAUACACUACCUUGAUAAGUGGAUUUUGCAAGUGGGGAAAGAUUAGUAAGGGUUAUGAGCUUUUGGAUAAUAUGAUACAACAAGGCCAUACCCCUAAUCCAAUGACUUAUUUGCAUAUCAUGGCAGCCCAUGAGAAAAAGGAAGAGUUGGAAGAGUGCAUAGAACUCAUGGAGGAGAUGAGAAAAAUUGGUUGCACUCCCGAUCUCAAUAUUUACAACAUAGUGAUCCGGUUGGCAUGCAAGCUGGGUGAGAUUAAAGAAGGUGUUCGAGUUUGGAAUGAAAUGGAAGCAACUGGACUGAGUCCGGGCCUUGACACCUUUGUCAUUAUGAUUCAUGGAUUCCUCAGCCAACGUUGUCUGGUUGAAGCUUGUGAAUUCUUCAAAGAGAUGGUUGGGAGAGGUCUUCUGUCUGCUCCUCAAUAUGGCACCUUGAAGGAGCUAUUGAAUUCUUUAUUAAGAGCUGAGAAGCUUGAAAUGAGUAAAGAUGUUUGGAGUUGCAUCAUGACAAAAGGAUGUGAUCUCAAUGUGUAUGCAUGGACAAUCUGGAUUCAUGCACUUUUCUCAAAUGGGCAUGUGAAAGAGGCUUGUUCAUACUGUUUGGACAUGAUGGAUGCAGGGGUAAUGCCACAGCCUGACACUUUUGCCAAGCUCAUGAGGGGUCUGAGGAAACUGUAUAACAGACAAAUUGCUGCUGAGAUCACAGAAAAGGUGAGGAAGAUGGCUGCAGAGAGAGAAAUGACCUUCAAGAUGUAUAAAAGGCGAGGUGAGAGGAACUUGAAAGAAAAAAUUAAGGAGGCCAAGGAUGGGAGGAAGAGGAGGGCUCGCAGACGCCGGUGGGGUGGGGGGCGUGGUAGAGCUAACAUUUUGUAGUUUGAAUGGGAGGGAUUCUGUGAAGUAAAGAAAGUUUCAACUGCAGAUUGCAUGAAGGGGACUGAUGCCCAGCUUAUACUUGGACAUACAAUUUUCAUGGCUGGGAAAACACAGAGUCUUUUAUCCCAUGGAAAUCUUUCAUUCAGAUGUGUUUGGGAUGAACAUCAUGAUACAUACCUUAUUGAGAAGGAAAUCUCUGCUCAUGGAUUUGGAGAAAUGAAUGUUUUAAGUGGGAGGACAUUUUGGUUAAUGCUCAAGCUUCAUCUAUCUAUUAUGACAAGUACUUUGCACAAAUAUCUCAGGUUCUCCUAGUGUGCACACCUAAAAAUCAAAAGGAAGUGCUUAUGGAAUAUAAAUCAGCAAUACACUAAUUAGUAACAACUAACAACUUAAUUUGUGUAUAAAGAAGUUAACUACUUGUAAUUGCCAAGCAAAGAGAAUUUGUGCAAGAAGGCUUAGGUCCUGUGAAGAUACUCUAUUUGCAUGAUUCCUUUUGCAGUUGCUUGUGCCAUCCCAAGGAUGCGUUGGGUCUAAUUUUCCCCAUCUUAAAGGCAUAAGAUAGGAAAUCUUCCUGUAACUGUCCCAGCAUAUCAUAGAGCUCCUUAUGUUGAUAGAGUUGCUGAAAAGUCACAAAAAUAAAAAGGAGAAAGGAGUAAUCAAUUUUUUGCUGUCAAGAUGAACUAGUCUCUGUCCACAGCCACUUUCCCUUGCCAAAAGUGAAAGGGAGGCUUUAUGACUAUUGCUUAUGUGAAGAGACCAUAUGGAAUUUAUUCUAUUCUUUUGGGUGGUUCAGAUGGAUUCAAGUGUAUCAAUAGCAUUUCUACUUGUUGCUGGAAUGUUUUUCUCUGUGUUUGUUGGAAUAUAUAUCUAGAAUAAGAAAUUUCUCGUUCACUGCGUUAUUUUCAGCAGUA